AUGGCGGGGCCACAGGCAGUCGAAUCUGCUCCAGAGCUGUGGCAGAUCCACCACAACUGGAUCUCCAGAGUGGAUAUUCGUGAAAUCAAAGAGAUUCGUCCAGGAAAAAAUUCACGUGACUUUGACCGGUACCAGGAGGAUCCAUGUUUCCGACCAGACCAGUCUCACUGCUUUGUUGUCCUCUACGGCACAGAAUUCAGGCUGAAGACCCUGAGCUUGCAAGCCACUUCCGAGGAUGAGGUCAACAUGUGGAUCAAGGGGCUGAACUGGCUGGUGGCAGACACUCUAAGGGCUGCCACCCCGCUGCAGAUUGAAAGAUGGCUCCGGAAGCAGUUCUACUCGCUGGAUCGCAACCGGGAAGACAGGAUCUCCGCCAAGGAUCUGAAGAACAUGCUUUCUCAGGUCAACUACCGGGUCCCCAACAUGAGGGACGUGGAGCAGAGGAACGGGGAUAUCACGUACGGGCAGUUUGCACAGCUCUACCGCAGCUUGAUGUUCAGUGCCCAGAAAAUGAUGGAUGUUCCGUUCCUAGAAAGGGGUGGAGAAAGGUCUGAGCACUUCAGGGUGUCACUGCUGGAGUUGCAGAAGUUCCUGCUGGAGUACCAGAGGGAGCUCUGGGCUGCAGAUACCCUUCAGGUACAGGAAUUCAUGUUCAACUUUCUGAGAGACCCUUUGAGGGAGAUUGAUGAGCCUUAUUUCUCCCUGGAUGAAUUUCUCACCUUCCUGUUUUCCAAAGAGAACAGCAUCUGGAACUCGCAGCUGGACAUGGUGUGUCUGGAGAACAUGAACAACCCCCUCUCCCAUUACUGGAUCUCCUCCUCACACAACACGUACCUGACGGGGGAUCAGUUCUCGAGCGAGUCCUCGUUGGAGGCGUAUGCCCGCUGCUUACGCAUGGGAUGCCGCUGUAUCGAGUUGGAUUGCUGGGAUGGUCCCGAUGGCAUGCCCGUCAUCUACCAUGGACACACCUUAACCACCAAGAUCAAGUUCUCUGAUGUCUUGGUCACUAUCAAGGAGCAUGCCUUUGUCGCCUCCGAUUUCCCCGUCAUUCUGUCCAUUGAGGACCACUGCAGCAUUGCUCAGCAGAGGAACAUGGCUCAGAAUUUCAAGAAGGUCUUUGGGGACAUGCUGUUGACCAAACCAGUAGAUAUUUCUGCUGAUGGCCUUCCAUCUCCAAACCAGCUCAAGAGGAAGAUUCUCAUCAAGCACAAGAAGCUGGCAGAGGGCAGUGCUUACGAGGAGUUACCCACGUCCGUAAUGUAUUCAGAGAAUGACAUCAGCAACUCCAUCAAGAACGGGAUCCUCUACCUGGAAGACCCCAUCAAUCACGAGUGGAACCCGCAUUACUUUGUCCUGACCAGCAGCAAGAUCUAUUACUCUGGGGAGACAACCAGUGACCAAGGAAACGAGGAUGAGGAAGAGCAAAAGGAGGUGAGCAACAGCACCGAGCUUCACUCUGCGGAGAAGUGGUUUCACGGCAAGCUGGGAGCGGGACGCGAUGGGCGGCACAUCGCGGAGCGGCUGCUGACGGAGUACUGCAUCGAGACGGGGGCCCCCGAUGGCUCCUUCCUCGUCAGAGAGAGCGAGACCUUUGUUGGAGACUACACCCUCUCCUUCUGGCGCAACGGGAAAGUGCAGCACUGCCGCAUCCACUCACGGCAGGAUGCCGGCAGCCCCCAGUUCUUCCUGACGGACAACCUGGUGUUCGACAGCCUCUACGACCUCAUCACCCACUACCAGGAGGUGCCGCUGAGGUGUAAUGAGUUUGAGAUGAGGCUGACAGAGCCAGUGCCGCAGACCAAUGCCCAUGAGAGCAAAGAGUGGUACCACGCCAACCUCACCCGGGCCCAAGCCGAGCACAUGCUGAUGAGGGUGCCACGUGACGGAGCCUUCCUGGUGCGCAAGAGGAGCGAGCCCAGCUCCUACGCCAUCUCCUUCCGGGCGGAAGGGAAGAUCAAACACUGCCGAGUGCAGCAGGAGGGCCAGACCGUGCUGCUUGGCAACUCCGAGUUCGAGAGCCUCGUGGACUUGAUCAGCUACUAUGAAAAGCACCCACUGUACCGCAAGAUGAAGCUGAGGUACCCCAUCAAUGAGGAGACGCUGGAGAAGAUAGGGACAGCAGAGCCAGACUACGGAGCCCUUUACGAGGGACGCCACCCCGGGUUCUACGUGGAAGCCAAUCCCAUGCCCACCUUCAAGUGCGCAGUCAAAGCCCUGUUCGACUACAAGGCACAGCGGGAGGACGAGCUCACCUUCACCAAAAAUGCCAUCAUCCAGAAUGUGGAGAAACAGGAAGGAGGCUGGUGGAGAGGAGAUUAUGGCGGCAAGAAGCAGCUGUGGUUCCCUUCCAACUAUGUAGAGGAAAUUACUGGUCCCAACAGCCUGGAGCCGGAGCGAGAGCAGCUGGAUGAGAACAGCCCCCUGGGAGACCUGCUCGGAGGUGUCCUGGACGUGCCCUCCUGCCAGAUCGCCAUCCGCCCCGAGGGGAAGAACAACCGCCUCUUCGUGUUCUCCAUUAGCAUGGCCUCGGUGUCACGCUUGUCCCUUGAUGUGGCAGCCGAUACGCAUGAGGACUUGCUGGACUGGGUGAAGAAGAUCCGGGAGGCAGCCCAGACGGCUGACGCACGGCUCUCUGAAGGGAAGAUGAUGGAGAGGAGGAAGAAGAUAGCCCUGGAGCUUUCGGAGCUGGUGGUCUACUGCCGACCUGUGCCCUUCGAUGAAGAGAAGAUCGGCACAGAGAGGGCCUGUUACCGCGACAUGUCCUCCUUCCCCGAGACCAAGGCAGAAAAGUACGUCAACAAGAUCAAAGGCAAGAAGUUCCUGCAGUACAACCGCCUGCAGCUCUCUCGCAUCUACCCCAAGGGCCAGCGCCUCGACUCCUCCAACUACGACCCCCUGCCCAUGUGGAUCUGCGGCAGUCAGCUGGUAGCGCUCAACUUCCAGACCCCAGACAAGCCCAUGCAGAUGAACCAGGCCUUGUUCAUGUCCAGCGGCCAGUGUGGGUAUGUCUUGCAACCAACCAACAUGCGGGAUGACAUCUUCGACCCCUUCGACAAGAGCACGCUGCGGGGGACUGAGCCGCUCUCCAUCUCCAUUGAGGUCCUGGGGGCCCGGCACCUUCCCAAAAAUGGAAGGGGAAUCGUUUGUCCUUUCGUGGAGGUGGAGGUGUCUGGGGCUGAGUAUGACAACGCCAAGCAGAAAACUGAGAUUGUGGCGGACAACGGCCUGAACCCUCUCUGGACCCCGAAGCAGUUCCACUUUCAGGUCAGCAACCCCGACUUUGCCUUCCUCCGCUUCGUGGUGUACGAGGAGGACAUGUUCAGCGACGAGAACUUCCUGGCUCAGGCCACCUUCCUGGUGAAAGGCUUGAAGACGG